AGAAAUGGUACCAUUGAUGUGUAAGCUGAGCCAAUCAAACCUUUGAUAGUUUAUUACCUAUUAUUGAUGAAUAUGGAGCAGAAAACUGUAAAAGAUAAGUUGUGUUUUUCAAAAAUUUUGAAGCCUAAAUGUCCUCCAAUUCUGGAAUGAGCCUUGUAUAUUUCUUCAGAUAAGGAAUCAGAGUUCUGAUGUUGUCUCAACCUAAAUUCCUGGUCAGAGAUAGACAUGGCUGGUGUUGGAGCUGUGACGUGACCCUGCCCUGUUAAUCCCAUCCUGAUGGGGAGAGGACUCAGGUCCAGUCAGGUCCAGUCAUGGCUCAGAUGUUGAAGGACCAGACUGCCUACAGCCAAGGUGGGACUCCGUCAGGACUGGGGCAUCUGUCACAUCACCCUCCUAAUAAUCACUGGCUCACACGCUGAUGUAACCACGGUGCAACCCGAACCUGCGGCUACAGGCUACGUUCCAAAAUGCUCACUGGGCCGUGACAUUUCCCCACAAAUGGGCCUGAAGAGUGGCGGAAGUAAGGAGUUUAUCAUAGUCUUACGAAGCACGUCACCUGUCAGCAGCUGCCCCGUAGCCGCAGCAUCACUUUCCUUUUAUUACUGACCGUUUAGCACCUAAUCGCCACAGAAAGUGAAGGAGUUUGUACAAGUUGUCAGAAAUCUGCUUUUGCGGCGGUUUGUCAUCCCAACGUUUCAGCUGCUUUCGCUCAAUACAUCCUCCUGGCUUCUUCCCUGCCUGCCUUCUCGCCCCACCCUCAUCCCUCUCCGCAUAUGGGAUUCACAUUUGGCUUGGGCCGAAGGCUUUCUUAAUGUGAUAUUAUGAUACAUUAUCUGAAGCCAUUUACUCCCUGUCACCACCUCUCAUGUGGACACAAGCUGAGCACGCCAAGGAGAGGCGGUCAGACUCUGUCCAGGUGAGUUAUGACCAUUUAAUUUGACACUGUUCGCAGCGGUGAUCAUUUACAAGGCCUGAAAGUGUAAUCAAAAUACAAACUGUGCUUACGUGGGUUCCUCGCUCUGCCUUUCUCUCCAGGAGCCUGUUGGUGGUGGAUAAGUUUUCAGCCUCUCCUGCUGCCGGCUGUAAAUCGCCUCUGUCGAAGGUGUGUGUGUGCAUGCGUGAGGGAACAGAAGGUAAAAGACGAUCUCAGCAGCGUUGCAGCAGAGAGGCUCCCAUCAGGAGGAGAUUUCUGAGACUGUGGUGGAUCCAGACUGUGGGGGAUGGCGUGGCCUGAGGAAACAACCUCCGACCCCGAACCUCCGCUGUACUAGCAGGAACCAACGAGAGUUAAAGAUCUUCCUCGUCUCUGAGACCCUGUAACGCAACGUCUUGGACAUCUGCCGAGGAUCGAGAGCUUCAGGGUGGCCCCAUCAUGAAACCCUCCAUCUCCGCGGGCCCCAACUCCGGCCUCCUGCUGGUCCUGAUGUGCUGCCCCCUGCUGGGUCUGGUCCAGUCAGUCAGCAGCAACAAGGCCAGCGAUAAGGGACAUCCUCACCUGGGGGACGCCGAUCCGGAGCGCUGCAUGAGGCACCACUUUGUGGAGACCAUCACGCACCCCAUUUAUAAAUGCAACUCCAAGAUGGUGUUGCUGGCUCGCUGCGAGGGCCACUGCAGCCACACCACCCGCUCCGACCCGCUCAUCUCCUUCAGUUCGGUGCUCAAACAGCCCUUCAAGAGCACCUGCUCCUGCUGUCGGCCGCACACCUCAAAGCUGAAGGCGGUGAGGCUUCGCUGCGCCGGCGGGACUCGCAUCACGGCCACGUAUCGAUACAUCCUGGCCUGCAACUGCGAGGAGUGCAGCUGAGCAGCCGCAGCAUCCUCCCAGGCCCUCAAGACUCUCCAGAUCCGGCAUUUUUCUUAACCUUAAAGCUGUCCAGAGCGCUUUGGUUGAUUAUUGGAUCAGAAAAUUGCCCCAGAGAUGCUUGUUGUUAAUUCGGGAGUGAUAGCUCGGAGCACUCACGUGGGCCUUCAAAAUUGACCCACAGCACUCGGGACUCGGACAGAACAUACUAUACCUUCUCUAUUCAAUCAGUAUAAACCAUGCUAAGCAUAUUUCUCCAGCUUGCAAGGCCAGACACCACAAACUGCUGCUCCCACGGGCCGCUCAGAGACCCUCCUCGCUGCAGAGACACACUGCACUCAUUACAGGCCUCUGUAAUUCAUAACACACACGCUCACAAACCGCAGUAUGAGAGCUCAUUACAAAUAUCCGUAACAGUCUUCUCCCAGCUCCAUAAAAAAAAAAAAAUACUGUGCGUUCGACAACAAAACAACAUGCCUCGUUAAAAGGCAGCAUGGGAAAGGACGGGGCUCGGCCAGAACCAGCCCAGACAUGUGGUGGAUCUAUAGAGGGGCACCUGCACCGAGCUCAUCCUCCCAAUAACAUUUUACACACUCCCCGCAGACUUUCAUCUCGCUGUGUAAAACAUGACUGACGCUGACAGGAGAGCUCAUCAAGUGGACAAUAAAAGAGACGUUGGAGGAGCAUGAAAAAGGAGCCCAGAGGAUGAGAGGAGGUUUGACCAGCCAGCCUGGACUGUCGAUUGACUGUCAGUGUCCAUUUAAAAUGUAAUCUAUUUGAAUCUCUGUCAAACAUUAUUGUAACUGCAGCUACUAUCAUGUCCAACUGAUAAAACUGUCAUGUAUCGUUACUAAAGACACGUCCAGUGUUUUGACUCGGAGGAAACAUUUGUCAAAACAGCUCCAUGGUUGCUCUGCAAACAUUUUCCUCAUGAUGAAUACAGAAACUCACGUAUAAUUCAUUCUCUGUGUGUCUCAGGCUCAUUGGCCUCCACGACUUGUGGUCAGUUUAUCUGAAUUUAUGUCUCGUUGUUCAGAUUGUGGUUUUUUUUUCUAUCAUUAAAAUUCCAGUUUUCUCAAACCACGAAGAAUUCAGAGCUUACAUUUAGAUUCGGAGUGAAUAAAUGAGGGCUUUCAUGGAAGCAAAGAAAUAAUAAUUUGAGUUUUAUGAUCUACUCUUUGCCCACUUUUGAAAUGCAACCACUUCUGAAUACUUCAAGGUACUUUGGACUUUUCUUGAGAACACAUCGAACUGUAUGUAAAAGAUGGAUAUAGCAUCUAUAACAUCACCUGUUGGUUUGUGUUCUGUUUUCAACUCGUGAGUUUAGACUUGAGUUGCCAGCUUUCUGCUUUGAAAUUAAAUGUAGUGACGGAGGGAUGGCUCAAUCACCCUAAAACUCUGCUUUAUCCUCUACUUUCUUCUCAGUGGGACCAUAAUAUCUUAAAUAAACAUCAUGCUUUAUUGAACGAGGCUUGGAACUAAAGAUUGAAACCAAAAACUUGCUAGGAUAAUGUUUACCAAGGUCACAAAUCAAAUGAGAAGUAGAGUCAUUUUCUCAUUGAUUUCUAUACAAUCUCACAUCCAGAGGAGUUGCCCCCUGCUGGCUAUCAAAAGUAAUGCAUAUUUAGGGCUUCACUUUUCAAAUCUGGAAGCUACAUCCAUCUUUUGUAUAUAGACAAUGCUAAACAUACACAAAGUUGUUUUCACUUCUGCUUUUGCUGACGUGUUGAUGCUAUAUUUUGGCUCAUUAGCGCCGCCUGUCGAUGAGUGGAGUCAUCACAAGUGAAUGUGCAUCGCGUAUCUGCACCAAUCAGCAACUGAAUCAGCUGAAAAAUUAAGUAAAAGAGCCAGAAACUCCAUUUGAGGCUCCAAAACAGAGUCAGUCCUCAUCGACCUCCAUGUUAAAAUGUUCAAUUUUGCAACAGAAAUAAACAAGUUUACAGCCUGGAA